AGACCCUGAACGCAUCCUUAGUCCGGACCAGGGGGCGUAGGUUUGACCGGCUUCUCCGAGGCUCAGACACAAUGAACCGUCAGACGGUGAGGGACACGCACGUUUGCCCGGAGGCAUUGGCACGGUUUUAGCACAUUAUUAUUCUAUUUUGUAUCUUUUUUUGAUACAAUUAGUCUCUUUUAAACUACCGACACGCUGUAUGGCUGUAACUAGGCUCGGCUGGAAACGGUUGGUUCGUCGAGUUUGAUGAAAACGAGGUCAGGCUCAGACUACCGUUAGCCCCUCCUGGCGGACUUUUCUUUUUCGUUUAUUUUGUUUGUAGAUAAAGCCACCAAACAAGACCGAUAACAAUGUCGUUGAUGGCUUCGUCUGAUUAUUUUGCUGCCGAGUGUCUCGUGUCGAUAUCCAGCGGUCCUGUCCUGCACAGACCCACCCCGGUCGCCCCCGCCAGUCAGUCGGCCCCGAUGGGCCUGCUCCCUGGGGAGCCCGAGGUGUCGUGCGAGGACAGGGAAGUGCGGGAGGCACUGAGACUGGAGGGGGCCAACAUGAUGGCGGUGGCCGGUAUCCUCACCGACCUACACGGCAAGUUCCGCCCAAUGUCGGCCUACUCGGAGAGCAGCAACUCCUCGUGUGGUGGGGAGAGCGGUUACACCACGUUGUCCGAUCCCACCACCCCUACCAUGACCCCCUCUGCCACCCCUGUCCCCGGACAGCAGCAGCUCAGGGGGGGAGGAGGAGGCGUGGGGCCCCCACGGUCCCCGGUAAAGCGACAUCAGUGUACUUUUGACGGAUGCGACAGAGUUUACGGGAAAUCGUCCCACCUGAAGGCACAUAUCCGGACACACACAGGUGAGAGGCCUUUCCCAUGCUCCUGGCCCGACUGUGAAAAGAAGUUUGCCCGCUCCGAUGAGCUCGCCCGCCACACCCGCACCCACACAGGGGAAAAACGCUUUCUGUGCCCACUGUGCGAUAAGCGCUUCAUGCGCAGCGACCAUCUGAUCAAGCAUGCCCGUCGCCAUCCUGACUUCAAGCCCUCCAUGUUGGGCCGUAACAAGGGCACAUCCUCCUCUCCCAGCUCAAUCCUGCACCAUUAGAAUGGUUUGGGUUGGGGCUUUCCCAGAAGGUCACAGUGGUUUCAAGUUAACCAGCUACAAUCAGAUCCACUGAUUAGGAUUUAGCAUUGCUGUGUUGUACUCAAAAAUGCACAUAACACAUACACAACACACACACACACACACACACACACACACACAGAGAGCUGGAUGUGAGGUUGAAGCCGCUUCUUCCCUCCAUCAACAUAGAUGAUUCAUGUGACCACUAUCCACCUGCUCAACAUAACUAGGGUUGGGUAUCUAGAAUGCUCCAAAUCCAUAAGAGGUGGGGAUUCGUUAAAGAAAUGUGCUUUUCGAUUCCACUUAUUAUCGUUUCCUGAAAACUGAGUUUGGACCAAAGCACUUCAUUUACAAAAUGACGGACUGGAGCUAGCUUUUAAAAGUGCGGCUACGCUUCAGACAAGACAAUAAUGAUGCACUGAAAUGUAAUCGCUAAAUGAAAAUAAAUUCAUGCGAGGGUAAACCAUCUGCCUAAUAUGACAACACAUUCAUGACAGAAUGGUUUAAGAAUUAAUCAUUUUAGUUGUCCUGUAUCAUGACCGUUAAAUUAAAUGAAAUUUUUUUUUAUAGAUCACAUAACCAGAUGAGUGUCUGUUUUUUGGUUAAUCCAAUCAAUUAAUUACAGGACAAAUCAAUUUACUUCAUCACAUUGAUGCAAAACUCCUGUAGACCUACUUAUACCAUAAAGCAGUCAUGCUCAUUGAUGGCCUCACAUUGCCUAAUACGACAAUGUUAUUGGGCUUUAUUGCCUCAGAGAGCAAAAUCAAAUGAAAAACCAUUCAAUUUGGCUCAAUUAAGAUUAUUUAUAUAUUUUUUUAACCAAAAACAAAAUCACUAAAAACGUUGUCAUUUAUAACUUGUGUAUAUGGCAGCCUAGACGUUAUAAAAAUAAAUGUGUUUUUCACUUUCAACAUACUUUGGUUUCUUUUCUUACUCAGGAUUCGAUUAGAAAGGGAAUCAUUAAGCAGAUUUGAAUCGAUAACCCAACCCUAACCAUAACCACAUUUUCUCAAAAACUCACAACUUGCAGGGAUUUUUCCACAUUUUCUGUAAAAAAAAAAAAAAUCUUCACAUUCAUCAAAAGCCAAAACUCCUCGGUUUUCAUGUGGUUAAUUUGUAGAUUGUUGUUGUGCUCUUCAGUACCAUUUAUUUACAUGAGUAGCACAACAUUGUGAUGUUAGGUAGCGAGGCAGUGACUAGGAGCCUUUUAGAUCUUUUUUUUAAGCUUUGCUCAUUCCAUAUAAAAGUUUUAGUUGUGACAUUCUUUCAUUUCUUUCUUGCAUUGGUAACCAUCAUUGAAUCAAUUUUAUAAUAUUUUCUAUACAUCCAAUUAGUGAUCAAAUGUUGAUUUUUGCCAGAAAGUGGAUCAAACUACAGGAGCUGUUUGCACGCCAUCUUUAAGUCUAGAUCAGUUAUCACUCAUGAAUGCUGGCACAGUAGUAUUAUGUCUAAUACUGAUGCAAAUGUAUAUACGCUUUUAAUGUAGAUAAAUGGUAAUGCUACUAGCAGCAGAAUUAAUGUGUGAUGAAUUGUAGUCCUUAUAUUAGGGGUAACGGUAUACUCUUGAUAGGAUGGCAUUGCCUGUGAGUGUCAGUAUGUAUGUAUUUUUAUUUACAUUUUUGUUAGCGACAGAACUGGGAAAAGUGUAUGCUAUGAUGUCAAAAUAUUUUUUUGUGGGGAAAAGAUGACAUAAGUUGAGCUUGACUUUCAGCCUGCUGCCUUCAAAGUAAAAGUCUUCAUCCCACUCAUCAGGGGUGUGAAGCCAGACGGCAGAGCGCAUUUUAGGAUCAGGUGUACCAGGUUGUUCUCUAUGGUUUGAGUUUCAGCAGCAAAAUAACCAGAACUCAUGACCUUUUUAUUGAGGUGCAAAUUUUGACUUGUCAAAGCCCAUGUGCAGCUAACAUGAAUAAUAAGUUAAUGAUGACUCUUCUAUGGGUGUCAUUGAGCCAGCAGGCACGUGUGAAUGGAAUACAGCCAAUGUUGUCAUUGGUUACGCCUGUGUUUGACAAGUCAAAAUAUCCAAUGUAAUAAAGACGCGUUACAAUGUUGGAAAAACAGAUGAAGAUGUGUGGAGAACCUGUUCAUUCCAUUUGAGGAGAACUGACACCUAAAUAUUCCUAUAAAUGCCAAAAAACACAGUCAAUCAGCCAUGUAUUUCAGGAAAAAUAACAUUCAUCAGCAAAACUCAAGUAAUUUAGAUAUUUCAAAUCUAUUCAAUGACAUACAGUAUCCAGGUCUGAUUAUAAAAAGAGGUAGAAUCUUUGUUUGUUCUUUUUUUUUUAAAUAAUGUUUCCACACUGUUUGUCCAGCGCAUGGACAUAUUCCUUUAUCUCAGUGAACAACACUUAAAGCCUUAAACUAUGUCAUAACUACUUCGCACCAUGUUUACAGUUGGAUCCUUGUAUAGGUAUAUAUGCCCUCAUGUGGGCUCAUCACAGAUACUCAUUAUGCAAUAUGGCACUUUUUUCUUACAGGUGUAUUUGGCUGAAUAGUGUAAUGGCUUGCACUGUUACGAUGCUUCUACGAGCAAGCACUGUGGAACUAAUGUGUUAAUAACCAAUGGUUUGUAAAACCGCCUUUUUGUCCAAGUGCUUCAGAAAGCGUGAUACAAUAAGUUUUGGUAGUUUUUAUGUGUGUGGCGUAGUCAUCCAGACCAUCUCUUGUGAUUUGAAUAUGUAUUUUUUUUAAAUUUUAUUUUCUAUUUACGGUAGAUCUUUUAACUUGGACUCCUCCACAUUCAGACUUCAGACGUCUUCCUCAUUCACCCGUUUCACUGUCGAUCUCAUUUUUAUUGGAGUGAAUGUGAUGCUUGGAAAUUUUGUACACAUUUCAUUUUCAGAAGUUUGGUCUGUUGACAGUUUUUCGGUUGCUGCUGGCAGUAACCGCACAUGGACUGUUUAACUAAGGAACACACACAAUAUAUUUGUUUUGUACCUCUUCAAAUGGAAAUAUUUGCACUCGUCUCCUCUCACAGAUGAGUGUCUUCACACACAGACUCCUGUCUGUCUCAAAGCUAUAAUAUCACAAUAACAACAUACCUCACUGAUUAUUUUUUUUCUAUCGGUGUCUUUACAAAAUCCAUCCAAACUGUCUUUCAGAAAGUCCUGAAUAGCCAUCAAACCGUGGAUUUCAGAAAUGCGUUUGUAUCAGCUCGAUGGUGUGCUAUGUACCCGUGCCCUUAUCUUGUCUUUAUAUGCAACAUCACUACUACCUGUACAGCAGAAUUUCAUUUUUCCUGCCUCAAUGAACUUCUGUUGUUAAUAGUCAGUAGAAAAUGAACCUCUGGGAUAAAUCAAGCCCCUGUCAUGAAAGCCCAGCCGGAGUCUUGGUUAUCAAGGGAAAGACGCGCUGCUGCUCGAAGGGUAUUCAAAUGUAAAGAACAAAUAUCUAAACUGUCACUUCAAUGCAGAUUUCAAUUGAAGGAGCUCAGUCCAAAUCCUUUAGUUCAUAUCGCUGAACGUGGCUUGAUGACAGACGAGCGUUGUCCACUUUGGAUUUCAUUUUUGCUGACUUGCUGAGAAAGAAGAUGCGAUGAUGUCGCUUGUCACCACACUAAUUCAGAUAUGCACAUUGUACAAAAAUUUAUGUUUUUUUUUUUUUUUUUUAAAUUGAUGCCUAAUUUUUACAUUUAUGUAAUUUUUUUAAAACUCCUCUUGUCAAAGCUUUAGUUGCAGUAAAGAGGAGGAACUGUGGAACUAAAUUACUGCUGCAACAAGUCGUUUUGAUAUUUAUAUUCUCAGGUGUCUUACAUUUUGAGCAUUGGAGUUUCAAUAUUUCCUGUGCAACACCUAAGUACAAGCAUGUUUUACUUCUUUUGUUGUGCUGAUUAAUUUAUUCCAAAAAA